UGCUUUUUUUUAUAUGCUAUUUUUUUUCACUUUUGUGAUACAGUGUCUAUUUUUAGGGUUUUGGGUUAAAUAAUAAUCCUAGUGUUGUUAAUGUACUUGGUGGUGUUGUUUUUGUUGUUCUAAUUUCUGUGUUUGUCGGGUUUGCAUGCAAUUUUUUUUCGUAAACUUCUUUUUUUUUUUCUUUUUUUUUUUUUAUAUAUUUGCAAGUGUGCUUUCACUUUGAAUUUAUGUCCUUUUGGAUUUUAUUGAACUAAAUUAAGUUUUUGUUUGUGGGUAUUGCUUAUUUUGUCACUUGUGGGUUUUAAGACUACUAGAUUCUAAUUAUUUUAUAUGAAAAAAUGGAUUUUUUUUUUUUAAAUAAGGGAUUUGUAAAGCUGCGAUUUUUCCUUUAAUGGAAGUUCAUGUGGUAUUUUCUCCUCAGGAAGGAGGACUAUGGCUUUGUCCUGGUCAACCUUUUAGGAGAGUUAUAUUGUGGUGGCAAUUGGAUUAGUUGUGUGUGUGUGUGUGUUUUUCUUUAACAUUGUUUUUUUUUCUUAAUGUAAGCUGCAUAUGAUUAAAGUAGAAGGUUUCUGUGGUUAAAUUUUGAUAAUUGGAUUGGAGUUAUUUGGUUUCAGAAAGAUUGUGGAAUAUGUCGUUGAAUCCAUAAAUUGACUUGUGGUUUGUAAUUGUACAUUACUUUGAAGCAUCGAAAACCAAAGAAAAGAACCUAGAUUGGGAGUUAGGUUAUCAAGGACAACUCAAUAUUUUGGUUAGAGUUGCAUAUGGAUUAUGGCAUAUGGUCAUUUAUUUGUUUAAAAUAUAUUUUUAUAGCAUGUCUCUGAAGUGAAAAUGGAAUUCAUCUUUUGCUUCUUUUUUUUUUUCCUUCCAUUCACAUGGAUCUCUUUCGUUUCAUCGAUUUUGUCCCGAUCAUCCUUUUCUUCCGAAGAAAGGAAAGAAGAAGGAUCUUCUUCGGUGGAUCCUUGUUUAGUCCUCUUCGUUUCGGAAGUUGUUUCUAUUUCCACGUCUCUUUCUUCCUCACUUUCCUCCCUUUCUUCUGUUUCUGAGGUUUCUUUCAGUUUCCUAGUAAAAGUGGGUGACGAUAUUCUGCCUAAAGACCAAUAAUCUGGGUGUAUGUUAAUGUGAAGCAAUGCUUAUAGAAUAGUUUUCCCAAAGUAUGUAUCUCAAAGUACAGCUGCCUUGGAAUGUCAUAAUCUCUGCGGAACACCUGGAUGCCAAAGGUCUGAUGCUCCAAAGAUCAAUCAUAAUACGCUUGCUGGAAGAUUUUGCAAGUAAGAAAGCUACCAAAGAUCUGGGGUACUACCUUGCUGUCACCACCUUGGAGAGCAUAGGGGAAGGAAAAGUGAGGGAGCACACAGGAGAUGUUCUUUUUCCAGUUGUGUUCAAUGGAAUCACCUUCAAGAUCUUCAGGGGUGAGAUCCUAGAAGGUGUGGUUCACAAGGUGCUCAAGCAUGGAGUUUUCAUAAGAUGUGGGCCAAUUGAGAAUAUAUACCUCUCUUGCAUGAAAAUGCCAGAUUACCACUAUGUGCCUGGGGAGAACCCAGUAUUCCUGAAUGACAAGACGUCCAAAAUUGAAAAAGAUGUGGUGGUUAGAUUCAUUGUCAUUGGAACUAAGUGGCUAGAGGCAGAAAGGGAGUUUCAGGCAUUAGUCAGUUUGGAGGGUGAUUAUCUUGGACCGGUGUUCUAGAGGGUAUGCCUUUUACUUGGCUGGAUAACUCUGUAAAUCCUUUUAACUUCUUGGAUCAAACUUGGCUUAACUAUCGUGAUUAAUGGAAUAUUUGCAAUCUGA